AUGCCGAAUCUCCAUCUUGCUAACACCAACCAGUGCUAUUGGUCCCUCCUGGACGGAAACGGCACUGCUACUUGGCGCGAUGCCGAGCUCACUGAUGCCGGCGUUAAGCAGGCUCAAGUUGCCCACGAUUUCUGGCAAAAAGAGCUAGACACGCAACAGAUUCACCCACCGGACAGCUACUUCGUCAGCCCCCUAACCCGCACCCUCCGCACAGCCAACAUCACCUUCUCCGGCCUCAGUCUCCCACAUAAAAGCACCCCCUUCCGCCCUCUGAUCAAAGAGUAUCUCCGUGAAGGAAUCAGCAUCCACACUUGUGAUCAACGUCGCAACCGCACAUACAUCCACGACCUAUUCCCUACUUGGCCCAUCGAACGCGGUUUCACAGAGAUAGACGAGCUCUGGAACGGCGUAACAGCCGAAACCAACGCCGCGCAGGAUCUCCGUAGUAAAUCUGCCCUGGACUCGAUCUUCCAAGCCAACAAUUCCGGCCUCUUCGUCUCAGUUACGAGCCAUUCGGGCGAAAUCAGCUCGAUCCUCCGUGUGGUCAAGCAUCGUACCUUUAAACUUAACACUGGUGCUGUCAUACCCGUUCUCGUGCGCGCCGAGACCGUCCCUGAGGCCCCGACGACGACCUCGGUUUCGUGGACUGCUAGUGCACACUGUACUGCGCCGCCUGUUACGUCUGUCGACUCGUGCGUGUGUCCCUCUACGGCUGUCCCUGUGACGACGCCCUUGGUUACUGUUUCUGUAUAA